GGUGCCGCCGGGGUGACGUGCAGGGCGCGCGGUGGCAGCACCUCCCCGCGCGCUGCUUAAAAAGAAGAAGAAAAGAGGGAGCGAAACAUGAGAGCCCUAGUGAGCCGCAGCCGCCGCCGGCAGCGGAGGGGGCAUCGCCCGAGCCGGCUGCCGCCACCGCUGUCCUACCUAGGGGACAUCCUUCCUAUGGGACGACAAGUGAAGCGCUGCCGCCGCCCGCUGCCCGGCCCGCCCCGCGCCCCGGCGCCUCGGCGCGGCAACUGCUAAACCUGUGCCACUUGCACAACUUCAGCCCGCCGGCUCCCGAGCAUCCUCCCGCCGCGCCGCGCAGCCGGGGCUUCGGCUUUUUCCUUUUUUUUUUUUUUUUCCCCAUUUCUGCCUUUUGCAUCCUCAUUUUUGGAAGCGCGGGGGACAGAAGUUCCUUCCCUCCUUAGUUUUUUUUUUUUUUAAUCAUUAUUCUACUGUCUUUCCCCUUCUGGGAGGAGGGAGGUGAUUUCCAGAUUCGAAGUGCAAAGAAAAGUCAGUGGGAUUCCCCUCCUUUUUUUUUUGUCUCCCUUUCUUUCGCUCCCUUUUUCCCCGUUUUAUUUUAUUUUCUUGGUGGGGUGCAUUCACACGCUCCCUCCGGCAUGAUGCUCAAGAUGCUGCCGUUCAAGCUGCUGCUGGUGGCCGUGGUGCUGUGCUUCUUCGAGGGGGAUGCCAAGUUCGGAGAGAGCGGCGCGCGGAGGAGAAGGUGCCUCAACGGGACCCCGCCGCGCCGCCUCAAGAAGCGCGACCGCCGGCCGAUGCCCCCGGAGGCGCCGGGCGGCGGCGAGGCGAUGUGCCGCGGCCUCUACCCGCGCCUGUCCUGCUGCUCCCGCGCGGACACGCAGGGGCUGCUGCACGCCGAGACCAAGAUACUUUCUGUUACCAACAACACAGAAUGUGCGAAGCUACUGGAGGAAAUCAAAUGUGCACACUGCUCACCUCAUGCUCAGAAUCUAUUCCAUUCACCUGAGAAAGGGGAGACACCUGAAAGAGAACUAGCUCUUCCCUACCUGUGCAAAGACUAUUGUAAAGAACUCUAUUAUACUUGCAGAGGUCACAUACCAGGUUUUCUCCAAACUACAGCUGAUGAGUUUUGCUUUUACUAUGCAAGAAAAGAUGGCGGUGUAUGCUUUCCAGAUUUUCCAAGAAAGCAAGUACGAGGGCCAGCUUCUAACUCCUUGGACCACAUGGAAGAAUAUGACAAAGAGGAAGAGAUCAACAGAAAACACAAGCACAACUGCUUCUGCAUUCAGGAGGUUGUGAGUGGACUAAGGCAGCCUGUUGGAGCAGUACAUUGUGGGGAUGGAUCUCACCGCCUCUUUAUUCUUGAAAAGGAAGGAUAUGUGAAGAUUUUCAAUCCCGAAGGAGACAUAAUCAAGGAACCUUUUUUGGAUAUACACAAGCUUGUUCAAAGUGGAAUAAAGGGAGGAGAUGAAAGAGGACUGUUGAGCCUUGCAUUCCAUCCCAAUUACAAGAAAAAUGGGAAGCUGUAUGUGUCUUAUACCACCAACCAAGAACGGUGGGCUAUUGGACCUCAUGACCACAUCCUUAGGGUCGUAGAAUACACAGUAUCCAGGAAAAAUCCACACCAAGUUGAUAUGAGAACAGCAAGAGUGUUUUUAGAAGUAGCAGAACUACAUCGAAAACACCUAGGAGGACAGCUUCUGUUUGGCCCAGAUGGUUUCCUAUACAUUUUUCUUGGUGAUGGCAUGAUCACUCUAGAUGAUAUGGAGGAGAUGGAUGGUUUAAGUGAUUUUACAGGUUCUGUUUUACGCCUUGAUGUAAACACUGAUCUGUGCAGUGUCCCUUAUUCUAUACCACGGAGCAACCCACAUUUUAAUAGCACAAACCAACCUCCUGAAAUUUUUGCACACGGACUCCACAAUCCAGGCCGAUGUGCUGUGGAUCGCCACCCAACAGAUGUAAACAUCAAUUUAACUAUACUGUGCUCUGAUUCAAACGCAAAGAACAGAUCUUCGGCAAGAAUCUUACAAAUAAUAAAGGGUAAAGACUAUGAAAGUGAGCCUUCACUUCUAGAAUUCAAACCAUUCAGCAGCGGAUCACUGGUCGGUGGAUUUGUCUAUCGAGGCUGUCAGUCUGAAAGGCUCUAUGGAAGUUAUGUAUUUGGAGACCGCAAUGGAAAUUUUUUAACACUGCAACAGAGUCCUGUGACCAAACAGUGGCAAGAAAAACCCCUCUGUCUUGGCAACAGUGGUUCGUGUAGAGGUUUCUUUUCAGGCCCCGUCUUGGGAUUUGGCGAAGAUGAGUCAGGUGAGAUAUACAUAUUAUCAAGCAGUAAAAGUAUGACACAGCCUCACAAUGGAAAACUCUACAAGAUCAUCGACCCCAAAAGACCUUUAGUCCCUGAAGAAUGCAAAAGAACCGCUCAGCCUGCACAGAUACUGACAUCUGAAUGCUUGAGGCAUUGUCGGAAUGGGCACUGCACUCCCACAGGAAAAUGCUGCUGUAACCAAGGCUGGGAAGGAGAGUUCUGCAGAACUGCAAAAUGUGACCCAGCCUGUCGACAUGGAGGUGUCUGUGUAAGGCCUAAUAAGUGCUUAUGUAAAAAAGGCUAUCUCGGCCCCCAGUGUGAACAAGUGGAUAGAAACAUCCGAAGAGUGACAAGGGCAGGUAUUCUUGAUCAGAUCCUAGACAUGACAUCCUAUUUGCUGGAUCUAACCAGCUAUAUUGUAUAGUUUCUGGGACUAUUUGGAAACUACACUUUCAACGGGCAUUUAUUUUGAAACCUGUCAUUUUUAAAAGACUGUUUUCCUGCAACAAAUACCGGUGAUUUGAUUUACUUUAUUAAUUUAACUAUAAUAUCCAGAAAUGUGCAGAUAAAUUCUUUGCAUGUGUGCAAAUAUUUCUGUACAUCGGCACAGAUGUAUAGAAAUCCAAUACAUACACACAUACACAUGCACACACUCUCACGAAUAUGGUUUUGCAGCUAGUGGAAUUUUUUAUAUAUAUUUCUUCAUGAGAAAUAGUUUACACAGCGAUUCCACUGUAAAGCACGUUUUCAUCAAAGGACUUUCAUGGUGUCAUAAUGGAUUCUUUGACAUCCCAGAAAUCGUGUGUCUGUACCUAUCUGAUCAUAGCAGUAAGAGAGCAGUUUUGAAACAUCACUGUAUAAACCUCUGGAUUUAAUAAAAUCCAGUUGUAACAAUUUCUAAGGUAAAAUGAACUACAUUGUGAGACAAUAUUUCAGAACUCCUUAAUGCAUUCCUACAUAGGCAAUUCAUUGUAAGAUUGUAACCUUCACCUUCGUCAAUGUAACUCUAUGACAGACUGUUAUGCAUUUCUUUAUCUAGCAUAGAUGCAGAAAUCCGGUUAUCGCAGCUUAAUAUCAAGACUGUUUCAAGUGUUUAAUAAUUAAAUUAUAUUCGCAUAUUUCAAAACCAGUCAUCCUAGAAGGUCUGCUUUUUAUCAUAUAUUUUAUUUAACAAUGGGCACUGGGUUCAUGUUACAUAUUUAUAUUAUUUUAUUUUAUUUUUAUAAUAUAGACAUCACCUAGAUGAGACAGCUUUACCAUGUCCUGUAAAAUACUAAAGUUACAUUUUUCACCAACUUAAUUGGAAAGACGGGGAAUGAGAGAGCAAACACACUCUUUAAUGUGUUGUGGAUCUAAUCUAGCAAUGUAUCCUUGUGUCAACUUGUAUUCAUUUACGACGGAUGAAAAAGCAACCACCAACCAAUCCUAAUAAAAUUCCAGCAUAUCCUAAAAAUGUUCAUAAAGUGAUUUUCACUAUAUCAGGACGGGCCAGAUUAUACAUGAUUAGACUGCUACAGAUUUCACACUGAAUGGACCUUCACUGGACGAAAGCUCACUUUAGCACAUCUUGGCCGCAUAAGAUGUCACUUGUACAAAACGUUAUGUGACAAUUAUUGCCAAAUAUGGUUUUAAAUGUAAAUGUUCCUUGAAGAGCUAACAUAAAAUUGAUUUUUUUGUAAAUGUAUCAAUAAAUAUGGUGUACAUGUUAUAGUCAGGUUUUUUAAAAUAUUAAUAUUCUAAUUAGAUACAUCUUCGAAAUUGGUGCCCUCUCAUCUCCAGCUCUGUGACGUUACUGGCAGUUUCUUUGUUCACUGUUUACCAAGUACCACACUUCUUUGCGCUACCUGGCUUUUACAAAAUCUUGCCUACGCAGAGAGAACAGAGCAGCCACAACGAACACACACUGUAGGUCUACAAGCAGCUGCUCAAGCCUCAGCAGUUUAUGACAUUAUAGGCAAUAGCGUCUAAAAUGCUUACAUUAAUGCCACAUUACUCUCCAGCAGGGAAAUCAUCUUUCUAGGGCAGUGACAUGUAACUAAUUUUCCUUUAUGGAAAACUGUCAGUCUUUUAUUUGGUAAAAAUUAAAUCUUUAAGUAGAGCAUGACUGAUACUUGUAUUUAUCUGUAUUAAGUAUUCCAGCUAACGGGAAGAGAAAAUUACAUUUCCCUUCCAUAUAUGUUUGCUUGGGUCUCAAGUGACCUCAUGCCAAAUGGAAAUUGGUUGAGAAAUUGUGGUUAAGUGCUUAGUGAACAAUAGUCUGCAUAAAAACUGCAUGCAUAAUUUUGCACAAUGUAGAUUCAACUGACAGUCCUUUGAAAGACAUCUCAGGAUUAAAUGAGCAUGGAGACCAAAUUGCCCUCUCACCCCAGAAAAGGGUGGUCCCUUAUAGUCACACUGCCACUUCAUUGGCUCAGCAGUGUGACCAAUCUUAAAAUGAACCCUGCAGUAGCAUCUGUAGGUUAAUAGCAGCUCUUUGUCUCCACUGCUUUCUGCCUUUAGUCUUUUCCCUGAAUUCCAUCACAAAAAGUUUUACAAUUAAAAAAUGUCCUGACAACCAUUUUUGUAAAUUGACCUUACCAUCUAAUCUUUCCUUAUUCAACGUGGGUGACAAAAACGUGAACUUCUCAUGAAUGAGCCAGCUGCCCAAAUCUGUCAAACAGUGCAGUUUUAUUACACAUUAGGCUCUUCAUAAUCAGCAAAGCAAGAAAAAAGUCACUGAAAUAUUUUAGCAACAUCUAAAUACCUGACAGAGAUAACAUCUUUAACACUUUCUUUAAUGAAAGUUAUUAAAAAAUAAACCCAACUUUAACCCAGCUGUGACUAAUAUUUUCAAUAACCCACUGGGGAGAUGUGAUAGUUCUUUUCUCACUGCUCAGUUCCUAGAGGCUUUAAAAAACAGUGGUUGGUACAUAAAUUGAAAAUUCCCAGUGAUAAAAUAGCAUAGUCAUCUAGAGAAAGGAUAGCAGUGAUCACAGAAGUCGGAUCUUAAUAAUAAAAUAAUUUAGUUCACUAGUGAAAUCAAAAAAUAAGACCCCAGUACAAGCUAAGGAUGAAAUCCUGGCCUCAUUCAAAUCAAUGGCAGAAAACUCUCACUGACUGCAAUGACGUCAGAAUAUCACUUUUAAAAUUCAGGCAAACACUUCAGUUUAUUUAGAAAAAUCUAUUUGAGUCAUUCCAUCAAAACUUCAACACUAAGAAGUAAUCUAAGAAGUGAAAAAAAGGAAGGAAAGGGGGAAGUAGUUUGUGGAAUGUGUUUUGCUUCAUUUUCAAGCCAUCUUUUAUAUCAUGUGAAAGCAGGCAUCUGCAUUAAGGGUACAUAUGAAGUCCCAGUGGAAAAGAAGUAUUCUCAAAAAAGACACAAAAAAAUCUUAGCUGCUUAUUAUCAAAAGAAAUUAUACUAUUAAAAAGAGUGAGUAAACCAAAAUCCUUUCCCCUAGGCCUAGCCACCCAAGAUGCUGGUUUAAAAAGGGCAACUGCAAUAAUUGCCCUGAGAAUUGGCACACACAAAAAAAAAAAAAAAAAAAAAAAAGGCUGUAGAAAGCUUGUUGCCAGUUAGGUCAUUCUACAGCCACUCUCACACAAUCUCUGAGAGUGUCCCAGAAUAAAACUGAGCUUAUAAAUGGAACUAGAUAAAUGAGGCAAUUAGAUAAGGGCCUCUAGAAGGGAUUUUAUGUAUGUGUUCAAGUUGUCUCUGUCUCUCUCCUAAUCUUUUAUUCCAUUUAUUUAUUCCUUUAUUCUGAGAUACUGCCUUGUCUCUUACCAAUGCAUUGUACAUUUCAAGCAUUCUUUAAGGCUUUCUGCUGCUAAAGGAGAAUAAAUAUACCUGUUGCAAGGAACAUAACUCCACUGCAGAUGUCUGCUAGUUUUCAGCUAACGCUUAUUUAGUAUUUUAGGACCUUCCUCCUCCUUUGUUUAAGAUGUCACUAAUCAAAAAGGAAGCCUAUUAUCUGAAUAUAGGGGGAAACAUCUUUAGUCCAUAGCUGAGUAUUGAGACAAAAAGAAAUGUUAAAACAGCUCCAAAUUGUUUUACUUCCAUUUCAGAAAAACAUUAUAUUAACUCUCUCCCUCCCUGCCUGAGCAAAUAUAUUUCUUCCAUUAGCAGUCAGGGACAUAAACCCUUUGUAUCUUCAGAUUCUCACAGGUUAUUCUAUUUCAUGCAUUCAAAGCAUAAAUAAGGUAUAAAUAAGAAUAUAAAUUCUGUAUUGGCAACCAUGCCAGCUCUGGUGUUCAGCUCCUUCUUUCAUUCCCUUCUCUUCAUUACGACUUUGUAGAUAUUCCUUUCCAGAACCAUAGCCAAGGCGAAUAUCCUUUGGUUGUUGCAGUCAUUGCUUUUUCUUUUUCAAACUACACAAUAGAGGUGUGCCUCAGGGAAACUUCCUAGAGGACUGGGGUUUUUAUCUUGUGGCUGUCCUGCAGAACUUUGAUAUUUUAUGUACUAAUACUGGAGCUUAGCUGACCAUCGGUCAUUAGCUCUGUGUUACAAUCCAGAAGUAACAGCCUAAAGCCCCUCACUCUCAGGCUAUGGAACUCAGCUAUAGAUAGACUAAAGCUGGAAGAAAGGGAAAAAAACAUUUGUUUGUGACACACUCUCUAAGCUAGACAGAAAGUUACUGAUUUCAAUCCAAUAAUCAGAUGCCUGCAGCAAAAAGCAGAAGGAUAUUCCUGGCACUAUGAAAUGUGGCUUUUCAGUAUACCCUUUCUCCAGCUUGGAUUUGGAAAUGAGGACGAGCCCCAUUCAUUGUACAAAUAUGCAAAAUCUAGAUUCUGAAAACACUUUAGCAUGGGUAAUUUUUCACAGGUGUGAAGUCCCAAUAAGUUGAAAAUAAAUAUUCACAUGUAUAAUUCUGCUUGCAUCUAUAAAAUAUGUAUUUGUAAGAUCAGACCUAUAAAUGAAAACCAACUCCAAGGAAAUCCUGCUCUGAUUAUUCUUCCCUAAUAACAUAAAUACUUUAAAAGAUGUUAAAGCAUUAAAAUUUAAUAUCCUUUAGUUAACUGUCUAUCAGUUCUGUUAGUAAUAAUACUUCACUGAUCUUCUGUCCAAUUAAGAAAAUGAUCUUUGUUUUAGAAGAAAGGGGAGUCAUGAAUAAAAUAAAAAAUAACUUCUCAUAUUUUAUAAUGUUAAAAAUUGACCAAUAUUUCUCUUUUGUCAAAUAUAUAUAAAUAUGCAUAUAUAUGCAUAUAUAUAUAUGCAUUUUACUAAGAAUCUUGCCAAAGUAGUAAACAACACCUUUAAUUUAUUCUAAACUAGAUUUUCAGGAAAUAUGGAACCAAAUAAUAUGGGUGUUGAUUAUAAAAAACUGAUAAAUAUUUCCAUAAUUUCAGCAAAAAAUGUUGCAGAAACAUUGAAAAAACCCAGGACUGUUUUGUCAAAAUUUUCAUUGUUUUCAAAAGGGGAGUAAUUCAGUGAAAUAAUACCAGUGUAUUUUUCAGGAUAUAGGUGUGAAACAGUAGAAGCCACUCAAAAGCUUAGUACAGGAUUACUUUAAUCUUUCUUUGAGGGCCUGAUUUGAAAUCCAUUGAUGUCAACUGAAACUCUCCUAUUGACUUCAUUAGUUAUAGGAUUAAGUCCUUGAAAGAUAUCCACUUAGUUGGCAGAAGAACCUCAGUGCAGACAUCACUGCACACAUUAUCCCUCUGUGUCUGCAUCUGCAGUCAUUAGACUCACUAAGGUUUUCCAGAAUAAGACUGCAGAUUCAGGCCUGCCUUUGUGUACAGAAUAUAUCCAAUCCUGUAGAGUUGCCUUACAGAUAUUGCCAAGGUACAUAAGGAUUCUGUUAAAUCUACCAGAUUCUUUGAUACUUCUUUAAAAAUGUUGAGCAAUUAGCUCACAUUUUUUUCUCUUUCACACACACGUUCAUUUUAAAUAUUUAAGCAUAUGCCACUAAGCAGGAAAGUAAUUCAAAUAGCAAGUCAGUGGUGCCAUUUUCCGAAAUACACAUAAUGAGAAAUGGAACAAAGUUCUCCACACAUAAAGGAUGGACUCCUCACUGACAAAUGUCAGUGGAAGACUUCGAUCAACUGGUUUGACUCCAGUAGUGCAAAGCCUGCAUGCAACAGUUAGGCACACUUUCAAAUCUUUCUUCCUGUGUUAAGUAAGAAUGGUGUAACGCUUCAGUCCUGACUACACCCUCACCUGACAAAAAUUUUUGUUCUCAUCCUUAAUAGUGAGAAUAGUAAGACUGAAAGCAGUGGGACUACUCAAAGUACUAAAACGACAGAUUUUAGUUAUCCUGUUCCUACAGUUAAUAUAUGCUACAGUUAAUCCUGUAAGUUAUUACAGAAUUGGACAUGAGUAGGUACUCUAUAGACAUACACAUGCUAGGCAAAGGCAUGUCUGCAUAUUCAUUGAGUUCAAUUAAUAUCGUGCACACAGAAUUCAUCCUGUUAUACAAUACAAAACAUCCAAGCAAUCUUAGCGUAGCAAUUAAUUCUCCACAGAUUUACACUGGGCAGACUGACUAAUUAGAUGGCGUUAUUAAUGCCUUAUCUUGGAAAAGGGAAACAUUGCUAUUUUACAGCACUGUAUAAAUGGUUCAACUGACACAUCAACCUUUUCCCUCCGUUCACUCCUGAGUUAUUAAUAAUUACUAAUUUGGGCUAUAUAUCAGGAGAGGAUUAUCUUGUUGUUCCUUAAUCCAAAUAAAACUCCCAUAGACUUUCAUGGGAGUUUUUCUUCACAUUAGACUGUGCAGUUUGAUUUGAAAGCCAAGUGACACACCCGCUUACCAGCUAAGUACUGAAAACAUAGAGUUCUAGUGAUCAUUUCAUACCAUAGGUAUUCACAGAAAAUUAACAUUUUGUGUUGUAUAUAUUUAAUGCAUGUCUUUACCAGUUGUUUACUGGAAUUAUUGCCAAAAAUGUGCUCAAACAGCAAGCUGUACCGUUACAGAAGAGUUUUCUUUCUAGUGCUAAAAGAGAACUUCCCACCUGUUAUCAGUGACCAGUAGGGUCCCAUGUAUCAUAUAGCUGAGUUCCUUUUACAGUCUAUGAAAUUUUCCCGUCUAUGAAAUUUUCCCAUUUAUUUUCAUCUCGUGAGGAAAACAAAAGUGAACAAAAUAUUUAAGUGAAGAAUUGUUUAAAUUCCCAGGAAAUUUCAAAAGAAGGUGCCAGCUAAAGCACGUGAAUGUAUGCAGCAGCUGUGGUUACAAUAUUCUUGGGUGGGAAGAAGGCAGAGAAAGGAAUACAUUUGGUUUCUUUAAGUAGGAUACACUUUGUUGUAGGAGAAAAAGGUGGUUUGCAUCACAAGGCAUUGACAAACAAAUCCAAUUUUCUAAAUGUUCCUAAGGGGAGUUGCUAAAAGUAAAACAAUCUAAGUGGAGCAAAAAUUGGUGUGCAAAUCGGGCUUCAUUCAUGUCGAGAUACUGAGACCAGGAGCCAUCUGGUGUUAAGUCACCAGAUGCACCAUGUAGUGAUCACCAUUAAUACCAGAAUCAGUAAUUCUACCCUGUGAAUUAUCCAGAAAUACUAUUAGCCACACCCCACAAAAUGUACUGUAGGAUUAAGAUCUCAAUUCCCUUUUGAGAACAAUUAGAUUUUAAUGAGAGCCAAGCAAAAACGGAAAAGAAAGUAACAGAAAACCUGUCACUUGAGAACAUUAUUGUAGUAAUAUUCCUCUGUUCAACUAGUUUUAUUACAUCAUAGCCAUCAGGUACUGUAUGUACAUUUGAAAUGUGGGAAAAUAGCUUAGAAAAUAUCUUCAUUCAAACUAUGUUUAAGUAUCUUCUAUAAACUGUAUUCUACUACUAAGCAUAUACAGGCACCAAUCUAGCAGAGCACUGGAGCACACAAGUGGAGUCUCACUGAAGUCAUGUGCUUAAAGCUAUUAAUAUAGUAAGUGCUUUCUUGGUUUGAGACCUUACAAGUCUUUGCAAGUCUACCUAUGUAGAUUACAUAUGCUAUACGUGUAUUUCUUUUUGGGGAGACAGCAUGGCUGAAGUUCAAAACAAGAGAAUUCAGUUACUGUCUGUCACAAAUUCUAUAUAAUAUUAAAUAUUUGCAUCUUUGUGCCUCCCUUUUCCAUCUGAAAAUUAGUGAAAUCAAUCUUUGUAAAGCGCUUUUAGCUCUUCAAAUGAAAAGUGCUAUAAAAAGUACAAAUUAUUAUUAUAUUAUUGAACACCAUGUAUGUAUACACACUAUUAUGUAAUAUAUAAUAUAUGUAUAAUGCAUAUAAAUUCUAACAAAUGUAUUUGUGUAAUAUCUGAGAAAUGGAACAGUUGUAUCUGGAAGUGAUAAAUGCAUAGAGUUGGAUUUAUUGUUAAUCUGUGGAUUUAAUGAUUUUUUAGACAAAAGGAUGUUUAAGUGUAUAAUUGCUU